UUGGAUGCUAGUUGAGCUCCGCAGCAUGUCAGCAGUGGUCACACAGCCGCCGCCUUUCCGUCGCCUGGAGCGAGAAAAGCACAUCUCCAUGAUCAUCAGGACGUUCCAGAACAGAAGUGAUCCCUCACACGAGGCUAACCCGAGCGAGCGCGGCAAAAAUCUCUCUACAUGGGUCCAAGAUCCGAAAAUGGAUCCUUUGGAGAAAGACAUCUGGAGCUUUCUGGACCUUGUCUCUCACAUCUACAUCACUGCUGAACCAGAACUACAAGGUCCACGGUGUGUUCCCAGGAGGGUCUUCAACAUCGCAGCUGGACCCAGCAGGUCACCCAUCCUAGUGGUGGUUGAAGAGAGCUCGUGCGUGUGCCUCCAGUGCUGUGGUCCAGCCCGGGCCUGCUCCCUCACCGGCUUUGACCCCCAGGGCCAGCAGCGCUUUUAUUUUGAAAGGCCGUUCAGGGCGGACGCUUGUUGCUUCGGCUGUUGCCUCAUGGAGGUCAGAGCAUUCACUCCUCAGAAGGAGCUCAUCGGGACGGUACGGCAGAGGUGGAGCAUGUUCACUCCUCUCCUGGAGGUCGGGGACCCGAGGACGCCAUCGUCCACCGUCACCAUCCAGGGUCCCUGCUGCCCGUGCAGAUGCCUCACCAACCAGACCUUUCAGAUCGUCUCCAGCGUCAGCGAGAGGAUCGGCACCAUCUGGAAGAAAUGGCCCGGCUUUAACGCAGAGCGCAACAUGGACCAUGAUUAUUUUGGACUUCAGGUGCCGCCGGGGAUGGACUCUCAGAGCAAAGUGCUGCUCCUGGCUGCCACCUUCUUAUUGAAUCACAUGUUUUUUGAGAUGAGCUGAAAACAUCAGCUACACAUGGAGCAAGACGCUGGACCUCAGAAGGAGGCCGAUGAAGAAUCUGACACCGCAGUAGCAGCAGACGCAUAUGUGACAUUUAUUGCUUUAAUCCAUUUGAUGUACAAUGAAGAGCGCGACUAUACACUGCUGACACCUAUACACACACACACACACACGGCGCCAUGUCACCGCCCAACAUGGGCGGCAUAACAGUUCUUUGAACAAACUAUACCCAUCCUUCUCUUGACAAGAUACCCAAAACAUCUCUCAUUGAUUAAAAUAGUCAGGGUUUUCCAAAGACAUCAGGAUGUCCCUUUUAACAUCUCCAGCCGUCACUGAAGUGGAGCCGAGGACGCAAGUCACCACUUCUGCUCAGACUGGAGCCAGGCACAGUGAUUUUUUUAGGCAGCGCGGCAGUGCAUUCAGAAGAUGCCUGACUGGAGAGUCGCCUUCCUUCACCAGCUAC